AUGGACCAACAAAUCAACUCUCCUCAACAAGAUAACAACAGUAUAGGAGAUAAAAACCAAUCUUCAUACGAGGGAUCAAAGCUCAUUGUAGCAAAUAUACCUCCUACUACAGAGAUACCGAAUUCUACCUCAAGGUCUGUCUUGUCUUGGUUCACGAGGCUGCAAAACAUCGUCGAUAGCAGUAAUGGAAUAGCUCACGAUGAUACAACUCAAGCUAACGGAGUUAUAUCACAAAUGGAAUCACCCAUACCUUCGAAUUCGGCUGAUGCAGUUGCAACUGCUUCUUCCUCUACCUCCAGAGAAUCACCACAGGUACAACCUUCGUGGUAUUCAUAUUACACAUCAUUCAUAUUCCCUAGUGGCGGAGAGUCACCUACGAUGGAGCACAUGCCAUUACUACAAGGAGACCUAUCUAUUGCUAAAGAAGAGAGUGAAGAAGUGAAUAGAGCUACAUCGGGCUGGUUUGGCUGGCUUCUUGGUGCUAAAGAACAAGCACAGGAAGAUGAAGUCAGUGACGAAUCAAGCGAGGCGUAUAAAGCCGCAAAAGCCAUUAUUGAAUCAUUAAGAGAGGAAUGCCACUAUGCAUACAAGAGCACCAAUGGGUUUCAAACCUUUGAAAUGAGCGUUUUCGGUACGCCAACUGGGAAGUUACCAGUCCUAAUACACAAAAAGCACAAACCAAAUUCUGCCAAUGAAGUAUUUGAGAAAACCUUGAGGCGACCAAAUGUUACCAACGGAGAUGAAUCUGCACCUGUUGUUUUACCUAAAUUUACUGGCAAUUACCGUGAAAUCACCUGGAGGACGAAAACACGAAUACUAUCUGAGGAAUUCAUUUUGGGAUACAAUACUGAACAUCAUCUAUAUCGCAAGAAGGUAGAACUGAUACAACGCACCAGCAAACAGUUGAAGAAAGUGGUUGUUAUUGCAUUUCAUAAUUUUUUACCCGUCAAAUUAGUGCGGGCACUAAUUGGUGAGUAUACAGGUAAUUCAAUAGCAUAUGCCAAGAUGGCGACAAAAGCAAUACAUACCUGGAUCAAACAGCAUAACCCAGAAUAUUCUGAAGAAGAAAUUGAUAUAGAGAGCAUUGCCAUUGAUGGACAAGGCAGAAUAGAAACUUGUGUCAAAAACGCACUUGAACUUUUACAGAAUUACACAAAGGAACUCAAUGACUGCGAUUUCAUAUACGUUGUUGGGUAUAGCACAUCAUCACCAAUUGCUAUCAACAUACUAGCUGAGCUACUAGCUCAGAACCAUCAUUUAUGCAGGAAAAGGAUUGGCGUUUUGAGCAUGUCGGGAAAUUUGAUGGGCCCUGUACCGUCGAAAUUUGCUAAAAUUGUGUAUCGAGCAUACACGCAACUUGAAAAUGACAUUGUUCGGGAAAUUUUUGACUAUGAGAGAAGAGAUUGUACACUAUCACGCAAAUUAACCGAAUCGAUGAGAUUCCUUCUAUCACAAAAUGUCAAAUUCACAUUCUCAGCUACAACUACUGAUUCAUUUAUUCCGUUAUAUUCGUCAUUGGGGGUGUGCUUUGAUCAUCCCAACAUCUAUCGGAAUUUGUAUCAAGUAAGUACGGCGCCAUUUAUUUCAACUACAUUGGACAUUGCUUGUCAAAUGAAGAAUUUAGGAGUUUUUCGGGAUCACAAUAUAAUUAGAAACUUUAGUGACAAGUUGGACAUAAACAAGACAAACAAGUAUAUUUUUGGCGAUGAAAAAGUGUAUUUGGAGAGCUUACGAUUCGCAUUGGAGUCAACAAAACUACACAAGUUGAAAGAUGUUGAGAUUAGAAAGGAGCCUCGGGGAUCGACUAAUGAUCUCAAUGUAUUGGUGUUCAAUUUCCGAGCAUUUAUUCAAGAGUUUGCUAGUGUGAAACACGUGGGUAGUAUUAAACAACUCAGAAAGCUAUUUGACGAGUAUAAGCGCUGGGAACCCAAUUUGAAAACAAAAGAGGUCAAGUAUUGUUUGGAGCCACUUGAAGAUUUUCAAAUCGAGGAACUAUUUAUUUAA